AAGCCCUUUUCCAGGCCCAUUCAGAGUCAGAACCUACACACCAAUCAUCCCUCCACAAAAACUGCUCAAAACUCUCAGCAAAGCGGUUUCAUACUUUCCAGUAAUUUGAUUAGCCCACGGUUUCACCUCCUUCCCAAUUUCCUCGUCACUUGUUAUUUUCGUGAAAUUUUUUAAUGUAUCAGAACACAAAUUACUACACGUGGAGCACCUUGAAUUAUGCAACACAAAAAAAAUUUCUUGUCAUUCUCCUUCAAUUGCUGUAUAUAAACACAUACAGAGCCCAUCCAAAAUCGAAACAAAAAGCAAACUACUUCCAACCCAAGUCGUUUAAGAGCGUUUAACUCUGUAUCCGAUGUCUUCUGUUCGAAUCCCCGUUUCACAAUAUGGAUCCACCGCCAACUCAAACCAAAACGGAAGAAAGAUCAAACCUUUGAUGGUGGUGGGGCAGAUGAAGCCGGUAAAGCCGAGCCGGAGCGACGAGGUGUUGUCACCCGAUGAACAGCUCAAGAUCGCCGAGCAGGUAAGGGCCCAGUUCGACUCUGCCGCCCCAAAGCGACCCAUCAAGCCGAGCCGGAGCGACCCCGAUUCAAACCCGGUUCCCUACUUCGUCGUCGACCAACAACCCACCAUUCCUGAGCUGGACAAGUUUCGUUCUCUCGAGUCCCAAUCCGCUGCUGUUAUACUCUCAGCGCAGGGAGAUCCCACGGUGGAAGAUGAGUUUGUGGAUACAGAGUACUACAAGGAACUCAAUUCCAUCGACAAACAGCAUCACACGACCGGAACUGGGUUCAUAAGAGCGGUGAGAGAAGAGGGCAGUGAAGUUGAUGGGCUCCAUCUUCAUCUACCUGAAAGUCAUGCGAGAGUGGGAUCGAAGAUCAAAAGCAACCCUGCAACAAAUGAUUGGACUCCAAGGAACGAUGACGAUGACGAUGACGCGUGGAUUUAGAUCCUUAAUUACCUACUUAAUUAAUUAUCCUUUGUUAAUGUAAUUUUGUAAUGAAUUAAGAAGAAGAUCACUAUGUUACAUGUAUAGUGAUCAUGUUCAAGAAGUGCAUUGCCGUCCCAUGUAAUUUUGUGUGCCGUGUUCGUAAUGGAUCGUGUUAUUUUAAUUCUAGCACCAAGUUUUGGAUC